ACUCAUUCAAAUGCUCACCCGCAUUCGGCAGCAAUUCACAAACAAUUUCUGUUUGGUUUUAAUUUAAUGCGAAUUCAACUUUGAUUUAAAGUUUAAUUAAAAUUAAGGAAUAACUUUGGCACGUUGUUGUUAGUGGGUUUUGUACAGGGAUCCAUCUCCACUGUGAGGUUUUGGAUUGUUUCCAUCUCUCCGGUGUGCCUUGUUAGGUUUACUUGUUUCGUAGCAUGUCUUCUUUCAUCAUCGUGUCAGCUAGUGAAACUACGUUGACAAUGUCGGAUUGUGAGAGUAGUCCUACUAAACCAAACAAUUCGUCGGUAAGUGACCCCCCGAGGGAGUGGAAUAGCAAGGAGUCCCUCCUCGUCGUUGCUAUUGUCCACCUGUUGGGGAAAGAAGAAGCAGGAAUGGGGGAAGAGGAGUAUAAUAAAAGCAUCGAUUGGGAGGUAGUUGAAAACAAGAUGAAUCAAGGGCCGGUAAAAACCUAUUCCGCAGCUCAAUGCAAAGAACAGUAUUUGAAGCUGAUGCGAAUCAUAGAAACGCACCUUCCAAGUGGUUCUAGUGCAUCUCAAAAGCAGAAAAUGAUUCUUAAAACGAUUGCUGAUGGUCUCCUGCGCGCAUCGAAAUACCGGGAAGAUGGUUUACAAACUAAAAUUGCAACUUUAGUUGAAGAUAUUAGUGUUAUGGAGGACGAAAUUGAGUCGUUGGGGGAGACUCCUGGCAGCAGCAAUAAUCGUGAUCAUGUCGAAUUGUCGAAUCCGUCGGUUGAAUCGAUCAACAAGUUGUCUGAUAGUGAGGGCUCGGACGACUCUGAUAGCAAUUUAUUACUUGAUCAGUCGGCCGAAAUCAAGAGCAAGACAGAUUAUGACUUUAUUUGCUCGCACUUUGUACCGUCUUUCGGGAUUGAAAACAAUGUCUACAAUCAAGUCCACUUGGAUCGGAUCGGGAAAGACCAGAGUGUUCGAACCUAUUUCGCAUAUUCUGAACAUUCAGACGACGUUGCUUCUGUUACUCCGACUACUCCUACUGGGAAUUCGUCACCGUUUAAGCUGGGGCUUGUAGGCAGUGGAAGGAUUGAAAAACCUGGUGCAGAAAAAAUUAGCCUCACUACAAAUGAAGAAGGUGUAAUAAUUACUGGUGAUGUGGCGAAACUGCAAAAGUGGCUGGCAUCGACUCCAACAGAGAUUGAGGUGCCAAAAGCCAUGCAGACAACUGGUGCCCCCACCCUGUCAAAAUUGUUGGAACUUCCUCCCCGCGACAAGAAUGAGCCUCUGCCCCAGAUAAAUUCUUUAAUGAGGAAUGACACCGAGGAAUCCGUGAUGCCAGCAGAAGAUAGGAUGGAGACCGAGGAAAGUGGCAUGGAAGGUUCCACGUAUGUUGUUGAUUCGUCCGCGGUGACAUCACCCUUGCAGCUAUUGAGUACUAGCCCAGUUAAAAUCUUGGCCUCGCUGGGGACGACUACAACCCCGGUUAAAGUUAGGCAGCCAUCCGAGUCAGACAAACUAGUAGCCAGCCUUCUGUUAGGAAUGGCUCAAUCGGGAUCUCCGCUUAAGUCUAUGGAAGAAAUUGAGCUCGCGAAUGAUUACGUGAUGGAGUCGGGGCUAAUUUCGUGCCAAACGGAUGACGACGUGGAUCCUGCUGUAAUGAACAUUAAAUUGGUGGCGCCUCCGUCAGAAGAAGUAGCAAGCGUACCGAAGAAAGAGGAGCCAUUCGUGGUCCCUCUCUCCAUUCCAGUGCUACCAUUGACAGCCAAGGCUGACGGGGAGAAACUCGAAGAGAGUGGAGAUACAAGAAAUACAACCCCCAUCAUGUCUGCGUCAAGUCCAACUAAAACUGUAGAUGAAAAAGCGGAAGUGCCGGAUAGUACUACGACCGCUGCAUCGAUUUCGGCGAUUACUGGAGACGUAACACUGAACGUGAAAAAUAUUGGACAACAGGGAAGCCCGGAUGUUAUUUUGACACCGACUGAAUCCACCCCUAAAUCCGUUCUGCCGGAUGAGCCCACCUCCUCCACUAAGAUCAUUGAAGUCACUCGAUCUGAAGACAAUGUGGAAUCUAGCCCAGAAAAGAGGGGCCGUGGAAGCAAGAGGGAUCCUCCCUCAACUCCCGUGACACGACAUUCUUCCAACAAGGAGAAAUCAAAGCAGGCAGAUCUGGACGUAGUAGAAGAAAAGCAACAAAGUGCUCCUAAAGAGUCGAAUGUUACGCCGACAACGAGUUCCAGACGUAGUACGAGCCGAUCAUCGGGGCAGUAUGAGGAUCUUUCCUCUCCUUCAAAGGAUCAUGAAAUUGCUCACGUUGGAAAGUCGCCCGUUCAACGGAGACUCUUCCGACCCACAACCCCUGAGGUGGUGACCCAUACUCCGAAUUUGAGGAGCCGACGAGGCCCAACCCCGACGCCUGGGACCACUACACCUACACCGGUUGAAGAAGAACCGAAACCAAGUGGAGGGACGCCAAAAAGAUCCAAGGCUACUUCUUUGGUAGGGGCUACUGGCGAGGAAGGAAAAGUAGAACCGUCGAUUAAGAAGGAAGAAAAUCAAGAGGAGGUGACUGAGGCUGGGUCAUCAUCCAAGUUUGCGGAGGAAGAGAAAGCCGUCACGACGAGUGCUGACUUGGAAUCACCUGUGAAAGAAAAAUCGAGUGAUGUUGGGGAAGAGGGGACCCAAAUCCCGACGAAGAGGCGAAAGAUCAAGGAAAGGCGAGAAUCUGGGGAGGGAGCAGACGAUGAUAAUUCUAACUCUGGAACUGAUGUCCCUGUCAAAAAGAGACUUACUCGUCGUAGCAUGAAACUUGUGUCGGUUCGGGAAAAUGCUUCCCCUCCAAAAGAAGCCACUGGAGACGAGGCUGGAAGCAAACUAUAUGAGGACAAGGAGACAAAAAAGCUCCAUGGAAAAGCUACGCCGAGGUUAAAGUCUGUUGGAGAAGAAUCUUCCGAGAAGGAGGAACAGAUGGAUGGCAAACGAGUCACCAGGGCUCGAGCAAACAAGACAAGUCUUUCACCCUCCAGGACCCGCACCAAAUCUAUGGGAUCGAACAAGGCAAGUCUAAAGAGUGAUGCAGAAACUUCCGAGUCAGAGGCAACCACGUCAUCUCGAGCGACUCGCAGUCGUUUUGCAGGCAGCGGCGCUACCACCCCAAUCGUGGUGGCAGAGUCAUCCUCAGCUGCCGCUGCAAAUUUGGAUUCUAAUCCCAACAGUCCUGCAGUCGUGUCUUCCAGCACCGCUGAUGAUGAAGUGAAGGACCUCAAAACCUUUAAAAAAUCUAUGCUCGGGAUUAUCACCCAGCUUAUAGAAUAUAGGAAUAGACAAUAUAGAAUAUACAUUUUUGGUAUGCCAGAUCUCCGUGGUGAGGGUGUUGACGAGGUUGCCAGCUAUAAGAAAAUCGUCAAGACGCCAAUGGAUUUGUUAGACAUUAAGAGGAAUGUUGAGAAUGGCGUGAUUCGAUCGUUCACCCGAUUUGAUCGAGAUAUUAAUUUGAUGUUCAUGAAUGGCGUCAUGUUCAAUCGCUUGGCCGAAAUGUCUCAGGUCACCGAUUUUGACCUGCCUCUCCACGUUAUCAACUAUUACAAAGGUCUCAUCGAGGAAUACAAAAAUUCUCAAAAGGUAAAAGAAGGAGCUUCAGAAUCCAAAAAAGAAGAAUCUGACGGAGAGGCCGCCGAGCCAGUGGAAGAAAAGCCACAAAAGACUCCGACCACUGGAGAUAAGCCCGGUCCUGGAAGGAAACGCAGAACUCGCUCAAUUUCUACUACGGCAAACCAGGUGGAGGAAACACCUCAUGAGACUAAGCGGAGAACUUUAAGGACUAGCACGGCUGCUGCCACUACUGCCACUACCGCUUGGCAGAGUGCUCGUCAGAAAAAAGUACAAUCCGGCUCACCCGACAUUGCUACACUCGGCGGCCGAGGGGCUCGUCAGGAAUAAAUAAGAAAAUCAACUAAAAGCUUCUUUUCGGAUAUACUCCAUUGGAUUAAUUUUAUUAUGAAUAUUAAUUGUAUGAUUUAUACAAAGUCUUGUCAUAACACUAUCAUAAAAUUCUGUGUCAAGAAGAAUAAUAAAUAAAUAAAAAUGUU